AUGAGAAAAUUGUUAGCUCUUUUCGCUUUAAUUUUAUUAAUUUCUUCUGCUUCUGCUUAAAUUGCAGAUUGCUAAGGUUUGAGCUUUGUUAGUUGCUAGCUUUCACUAGGUUGUAAAUGGUCAUAUUCAGAAUUCGUUUGUUAUUAACCUAUGAAUUGUGAAGUGCUCACUAAAGAUGAAUGUGAUGUUUUACCGGCUCCUGUAUGCUACUGGGAUGAGCUUGUCAGCAAAUGUUUAAACGUCUCCAUACUUUAAUGA